CGUGUGUAGGCGCAGCUGCGUCUAGGAGAUUCGCGUCUCUCACUCCCCCUUCUCCUUCUCUCUUCCUCUCCCCCUCCCUUCCCUCUUCCCUCUCUCUCUCCCUCUCCCUUUCCCCCACCUUUCCACCCAACUCACACCACCACGUUCAUUUUUUACCCGCUCCUUCCUCUCCUCUCUCUCUCAUCUUCUCUUUCUCUCUCUCUCUCUCUCUUCUGUCUCCUCGUCUCUUUCUCUGCCGCCGGCAACAACAAAGGUCACCAGCCGGCGAUGCAGUUCAAAUCGACCCAGCUCAUCGCCUUUGUCGCCCUCUCGCUGAGCCUCUUGGCGACGGCGACCGAGGCCGACGCCUACCAUGUCGGGCGAGCAAUCGCACCUGACAGCCUGACCGGCCGCGGCAUGGCGCCGACGAAGCGGUUGGGCGACGUGCUCCAGCCUCGACUCGUCAGUGAGUCACGGGGUCUUGUUGGGGAUGCCAUCAACAAGGUCACGGGAGGCAGUGGCAGCAGCGACAAGUCUCAAGACAAUUCGCAAGACAAGUCGCAGGAUGACAGCCAGAAGAAGGGGGGGAGCGACGACGACGACAAGGAGCAGGGUGGCAUCACCAGCAAGCAGGGCAAGGACAGCGACAGCAGCCAAAAGCAGCAGAGCAAGGGCGAUGACGAUCAGUCCAAGCAAAAGGGCUCAUCGCAGGACAGCAGCGACUCGAGCAAGAGCGAGAAUGGGAACACAGGAAAGAAGCAGGACAGCAACUCGAGCUCGGACGACAGCCAGAACCAGAACAAGGGUAAAGACUCGAGCUCGAGCGACAACCAGGGUCAGAGUCAGGACCAGAACAAGGACAAGAACAUUGGCAACGAACCAGCCGGCCAGACGGUCCAUGCCCUCGGCAGCGGCACCGACGACCAGAGCCAGGACAAGACGAGCCAAAGGAACAAGAGCCAAGACAACAAGAGCCAGGACCAGAACAGCGACAGUGGCAAUGGCAAUGGCAACGACGACAAGUCACAGGGCGGUCUUGGCAGCGCGCUUGGUGGCAUCGUCAACAACGUCGGCCACAACCUCGGCGACGGUCUCAAGCAGAUUGGCGGCGGCCUUGGCGACGGUGCCAACGAGAUCGGCAAGAGCAUCGGCAAGGGCCUGGGCCAGGCUGUGGACCCUAGCCAGGGUGCACUCAAGGGCAUCAGCACCAUUAUUGGGGGCGACAAGAGCAGUGACGAUGACGAUGGCAAGUCCAAUGGCCAGGACCAGGACCAGGACAGCAAGGACGGUAAGAAAAGCCAGAAGCAGGACCAGGGCAGCAAAGACAGCCAAGACGACGACAACGAGACUGGCGGCCUUCUUGGUGGCCUCGGCACCGUUCUUCACGGUCAAGACGGUAACAGGCAACAGCAACAACAACAACAACAGCAGCAGCAGCAGCAGCAGUCUGACAGUGGCAGCAAGAAGAGCAGCGACAGUGACAACCAGAGCAACAACGGCGACGACGACACCGGCGACAAUGGCGGUCUUCUUGGUGGCGUAGGUGCCGUCCUUGGAGGUGGCCAGCACAAGAGCGACUCGUCGUCAUCAUCUUCUUCCUCUGCCGCGCCUUCACGCCAGUCUGGCUCGCAGCAGCAGGACGGCAAGAGCGACCACGAUGGCAGCGAUGACAACGACAGCCAGGACAACGGUGGUCUCCUCGGUGGCGUCGCCGGUGGCCUCGGCGGUGCUGUCGACGGACUCGGUCAGGGCGUCAAGGGCGUCGUCGGCGGCUCGUCUGCCCAAGACGGCAACAAGGACAAGGACUCCUCGUCCUCGUCGGGCAGCAGCAAUGGGUCAAAAGGCAGUGGGUCCAGCAACAGCAACGACAACAGCGACAGCAACAACAGCAAUGACGGCGAGAGCGGUGGCCUCAUCGGUGGCGUCACCGGCAUCCUGGGCGGCACCGGUUCCUCCAGCGGCUCCUCGGGCUCGAGCAGCAGCGGCUCUCACAGCGGCAGUGGCAACAGCCACAGCAACAAGGGAGGCAGCAGCGACGACGACGGCAGUGACAGCAGCGGCGGCCUGCUCGGUGCCGUUGGUGGCAUCCUGGGUGUCGGUCAUCACCAGUCAAGCAGCAGCUCCGGCAGCAGUAGCAGCGGUGCUUCGGCGAGCAGCGGCAGCGGCAGUAGCGGCAGCAGCAACGGAGGCGAUGACAGCCAGGGCGGCCUUGGCGGCAUCAUUGGCGGCAUUGGCAGCGGCAUCGGCCACGUUCUCGGUGGCGGCGACAGCAGCAGCACUUCUGCGGGCCAGGGAGACCAGGGCAGCGGCACUGUCACGCCAACGCCCACCCAGGGCCACCAGCAGGACGACGAGGGGAGCAGCAAGGACAAGUCUGGCUCUUCGUCGGGCGGCGCCAUUGAUGAUGGCGACGGACAGCUGCACGGCACCCUCACCGCCACUCUCCCCAGUUUGACCACCCCCACGCCGGGAAGCAACAACGGCGACAAAAACGGCAGCGGUGGUGCCUCUGCGACCGCUUCGAACACCGACGGGGGCGACGAUGGCAAGGCGUUCGGCUAUGCAGACACUCGCAGCCUCAUUAUGCCCUCGCAGACGCCCACGGCCGGCUCAGAGUGGAGCCAGUCGUCGGACCCAGCGUCGACGGCAUCAUCGGGCGGCACCGCUGCAGCACCGCAGUACCCGUCGUCGAUUGUGCCCAACAACGUGCUUGCCUCGCAGCCACCCAACACGACUUCGAUUGCCAUUCUCUACAAGCCCAUCCUUUCGUGGAUCUUCCUCGCCAGGUCGCCCGACACGGUGGCCCAGGUGUUUGCCUUUAUGCCCACCAUCAUCAGCGACGCCCUCGACAUCCAGCCGGCCGAUGUGACGACGGUGAGGCUGCAGGCCUACUACAAUUCGUCGAACCACGACGAGAAUUUGGCCAACUCGCUCUACAUGGCCUACAUUCCCGACCCCAAGGCCACGCUGCUCCAGGGCAUGGUCAAGGACCAGCCCAACUCGCUCUUCUACACCAAGCCCGCCAACAAAUCUCCGCGAGACGUGGGCGCCCAGCAUUCAUGAACAGGAGCGCGUUCUCCACGGUCAACUCGCAGAGACCUGGGACCAUGCCGAAGGGCCUGUCACGACAACGGCCUUUAGCAGGUCGGCCGGCAGCCCUGACAGGACUC